UAUAACUAGACUUCUAGACUAUUCAAUAGUGUCUGUCUGACUGUCUAUUCUAAUGGCGUAGCUGGAUACCUGUACUGCUGUAGCCGCCUGUAGCUUGUAGACACAUGUUUGAAAUAUGAUUAUGGGCCCUUCUAAGGAAACUAGAAUAUUUAAUGUGACAAAAAAAUCGAGUCAAUCUCUUUGUAUCGCCUUUUACAAGUGGUAACAUCUUUAGUAAAAUCACUAAAUUUAGAAAGCCUUCAGGAUAGAAGAAUUAAAAGUAAAGUAGCAAUUAUACAUCAAACUUCUUCAAAUACAAAGACGGAGCCAUAUAAAAUACUCAGAAAGACACAAAGAUAAAGACUCAUAUGGAGCUUUAAAGUCUGCUAACAGAGAACACAGCAGAUGUUACGGGAACGAUCCGAUAAUAGGAGCAUAAGAGAUCAAUGAAAAGAUUCACAUUUUAGAGGAUUAAUUAUUGUACAGAAUGGCUGGAAGUAGUCAUCAGGAAAUAGCUUUAACCCUACCCACACCAGACUUGAAUUACUCCAACGUUCAACCACUUGAUUGUAACCAAAAUAUGGAUUUAAAAAAAGCAAAGAACAGAAAAAAAUCUACCAAAUUUGGCAGAAGAAACACAGACAUGGCCUCUCGGAUGUCACAAGAUUCAACUGAGGCAAAGUUUAUGAAGAUACAAGAGAGGAUCAAAUCAUCGCUAGGCGUCUAUGAUCCUGAUGGGACUGGAUUGGUAGACAACAGAUAUUUCAAAACUCUAGUGUACGCCCUUCAUCGUGUGCCCAACAAAAACCAAAUGGAUGACAUGUUUGAAACGAUACAGGAAGAUAAAAACGCCGAACAAUUCUUUGUUGACAAGUUCGAGAAGAUGAUGGUCCGUGUCAUGUCCACUGAUAGAUACAAGUCGUCGUCUGCCAAGGAACUUGAAACGGCUUUCGCUGUUUUAGAUGUCGAUAAGAAAGGCUAUUUCACGGCUGAUGAAUGGAUAGCUUUGCUGACUAGUUCAGGGGAAAUCUUCACAGAGGAUGAAAUCAAAGAAACUCUCAAGAUGACCAUUGACCCAGAAACUGAAACAUUUGUACCAUCCACGUACAUUCACAAUUUAUUAGUUGAUGAGAACACACAUUAACAUUUGCACUAACCUACAUAUAUGUUGGAGGACUCAUUCUCUCAACUUGACCAGCUUACUACCAUAUGGCAAUUUGGAAAACAUAAUCUAAGAUGGAGCAUACUCCUUUGCAUGCCUUAACUCUACAAUCAGACCGGAAAACUCUCACACCUAUUUAUUGAAAAAUAAUCCUAGAUCCAUAUCAAAUUCUGGUUUUGUUUAUAUUUGCAUCAUAAGCGAAAUUAGUCUUGAAAAAGGUUUAGUUGGAAACAUUGCUCAUUUUUAAACUCCUUCGUUUUUUUUUGUUGUUGAUCAUUUUGAGACCAGUUCUGGAAUUGUUUUAAUUAUGCAUGGGCAGAUCUGGGCACCUGAACUAUAAAUCCUCUCAUUGUAGUUUAUAGGCCUAUUUGAACCGGGGAAGUUCUGUGGUAAACGGCUCUACACGAGUGGAUCAAUGACUGUGAAACUUUACGUAAUGUAAGAAAAUGUAAAAAUUAGGCUAGCUAUGAUUGGAGUCACAUUUUAUUUUAUAUAGGAACAAUAAAUUGAGCAUAGGCAUAUAGUCUAGUUCCCUGGAAGUAUAAAAAAAAAACAGUACUUGACUUGAUUAAAGCUAAGCUUGGAGGUCAAAGCACAAAAAGUGAAUCUAUUUUGAUACAAUUACUGCUUUUAUUUACUACUUUUUGAUACGUGAGCAUAAUAGACUCUACUUUUAUUUUUAAAGUUAUGUAAUGUACUAAUAUAAUAAUAAGCCUAUACUUUAAGUUAUUUUCUAUGUGGUCUAAGCAUUAUAUCUAUAUUUUAUAUCCUUAUAUUAUAUUUGUAUAUCAAUAAA